AAGUGACGUCACAAACUGCUAGAUCAGCGACAUUUGAGCACGUACCAGCCUGCGACGUCGUAACGAUCCACAAUGGAAAGUAACGCUUACCCUGCCGAGAAAAGCGGCUAUGACCAGCCACCACCGAGCUACUACCCAUCUCAUGAUCAGCAACCUCCUCCACCGAAUCCUUACACUGCGCAACCACAGCCGAUGAUGUAUCCGCAGCAACCCCAACCUAUGAUGUAUCAGCAGCAACCGCAGCCUAUGAUGGGCUAUACACAGCAGACGGUCUACGGUGCCCCGCUCGUGAAAGACUACAUGGUGCUGUCUCUCAUUACAUUGGUGUGUUGUUGUUGGCCGAUUGGAAUUUGCGCUCUGUUGAGCUCGAUGAGGGUUCGAGAAUCUCUGAGAAUCAAUGACCGCGCUGGCGCGGAGGAGGCCUCAAGGACUGCCCGCACGUUGAACAUAGUUGGAAUUGUCAUUGGUUCUCUCAUCGUGGUUGGUGUUAUUGUGGCAGUGGUAGUGACCAGGGUCACUCUUUGCUCAGACCAUGACCGCCACUAUGGCCGCUGCUGACCCCAGCAUUUUCUCUUGUGUCUUUGUGUUGACACUAGACUGACUGCUUGUACUGAUAGGUACCUAGGUACGCAUGUGGUGUGUGUGUGUGUGUGUGUGUGUGUGUGUGUGUGUGUGUGUGUGUUUGUUUGUUUUCUACCUGGCUGUAGUGGAAGUAGAAGGGCUGGAGCAUGGAAAGUGACUUCAUUGUAAAUUGAAAUCGGUGAUUCAAGUUCGUUUUCAAA